AUGGGCGUCACUGAUGAUACGGGUGAAACACCUUUACACAUAGCAGCACAAAUUGGCGAAGCAAAAUUUUGUGAAGAAUUACUUAGGUUUGAAACUAUUCGUGCUAAGUUUUGUAAACGCACGGGACGACAAACUCAGCUAUCGCUCUGGUCUAUUGCUGCUUUUGAAGAUGGUGAUGGUGGUAACAGAAGCACAACACAAGUACUAAGAAAUCGAAUUCAAGAUGCCGAGGAGCAAGAAAAUGAUGACAAUAAUAUGGAGGAGACACAUGAAGAUCGUCAGGUACUAGAUUUGCAUAAUAGAGGGUGCAAUGUACAGCCAAAAUCCAUCCCUAAUGUAUUGCGGUGA